CUCCCUCCUCUCUCUCGCUUCCAUCUUGCUCCCCGCAUGUGUCUGCUGUUAGUUUACAGAUGAAAGAAGCAAUCAUGAAUCAAGAAAAACUUGCUAAACUACAGGCACAAGUCCGCAUCGGUGGAAAGGGUAGCGCUCGCAGGAAGAAGAAGGUUGUACACAGAACAGCAACCGCAGAUGACAAGAAGCUCCAGUUCUCCUUAAAGAAACUUGGUGUCAACAACAUCUCCGGCAUUGAAGAGGUUAACAUGUUCACAAAUCAAGGAACAGUCAUCCACUUCAACAAUCCCAAAGUGCAGGCCUCCCUCGCCGCCAACACCUUCACCAUCACUGGCCACGCUGAGACCAAGCAGCUGACAGAGAUGCUGCCGGGCAUCCUGAACCAGUUGGGAGCAGACAGCCUGACGAGCCUCAGGAGACUCGCAGAGGCCCUGCCCAAACAGGCUAUAGAUGGAAAAGCGCCGAUUGCAACAGUAGAGGAGGAAGAUGAAGACGAUGAUGUUCCAGAUCUGGUGGAGAAUUUUGAUGAAGCAUCCAAGGAUGAGGCUAACUAGAGGAAAUGGGACAUCCCGGAGUGUCAAAACUUGACAGGACCAUGUGGGCACAAGAUGUUUUAAUGUCUACUUUGAGAGGUGGAAAGUUAAUAAAUCACCAGAGAGGAUGUGAAAUCAGUCAACUUUUGGUUGUUGGCAUUCUGUAAUAUGUGCAACACCUGGCCAAUUACGUACGUACUCUUAAGGCAAUUAUUUUUGAUUACCCUUUUAGAUUAGUACUCUGAAGUAUUAAACACAGGGGUAGGAGUAUUUAAGCAGGAGGUAUUUUAGUACUCAUUCCACCUCUUUGCCACCAGACUCUCCAAAUGCUUGUUGUGCUCUGUGGUCCAGUUAGUGAUUGUGUAUAAAAUGUGGUGUUUCAGGCUCAUGCUGUGCAUCUGUUUCCUCCAUGUUACUGAACCUUAAUUCUUUGUGGCCUCGCUGAAACCACUGUAUCUGGAAUAAACCUUUGCUACUGUCAAUAAAUUGACAAAAUUA